UCACAACACAUGCUUCCAAGUGCACUCAAGACGUGUUGUUUUGAUUUUGGCUCAGUGCACUUGGCAACUGCUUGUGAAUUUUCAUUCACAAGACGCAAUUUUUCUUUCAAUUCUGCUGUUUGAUAAAUAGAAAAAGAACUUCAUCACGGCAAAUUCUCUAUUUUGGACAUUUAUCGGUGUGCUUUAUUCAUUUUAACUUCAUUAUUGUGAACAUGAAGUGCCACUAUGAAGUAUUGGGUGUUGAACGAACUGCUGAUGACAAAACGAUAAAAAAUGCGUAUCGAAAAUUGGCAUUGAAAUUCCAUCCAGACAAGAAUUUGGACAACAUAGAUGCAGCAAAAGAGCAAUUUUUAUUGGUACAACAGGCAUAUGACGUUCUAUCGGAUUCACAUGAACGUGCUUGGUAUGACAACCACCGGGAACAAAUUCUAAGAGGAAGUCACACAGAUUAUGAAGAUGAAUCACUCGAUAUUUAUCCAUACUUUACGGCUGCGUGUUACAAAGGAUUCGGUGAUGAUGCGUCCGGCUUUUAUGCAGUUUAUGCAAAAGUAUUUGAUCAGCUUGCCAGUGAAGAUAUUGAAUUCAUGGAUACGCCCGAUGAAUAUGAAGAGAUACCAAAGUUUGGCACGUCAACGUCCGAUUAUGAAACGGUGGUUGCACACUUUUAUGCCUACUGGCAAAGCUAUUGCACGAAGAAAACAUACACAUGGCUGUGUCCACACAAUAUCAGUGAAAUCCGAGAUCGCCGAAUAUUACGGGAAGUGGAGAAAGAAACAAAAAAGAUUGCACAAAAAAAGCGAAAAGAGCGCAACGACGAGGUGCGAGCCUUGGUGUCAUUCGUUCGUAAACGAGACAAGCGCGUGCAAGAAUAUCGAAAAUUACUCGAAGUGAAAGCGGAACAGAAUCGAAUAAAGCAGCAACAACAUCGAUUGGCUCAACUGCGACGAAAUCAGCAGGAAGCGCAAGAGAUGCAACAAACUCAAUCAAAUUUAUUUAGCGCUGAUCAUGAGGAACAACUAAGGCAGUUAGAACAAGCGUAUGGCACAGACAGUGAUAGCGAAAUUGAGGAGAUUGACGACGAGGAUGGUGGUGCUGCUUCUGGCAAUGAAGAUGGUGGUGUUCCCGAUGAAUAUUAUAUUGAUGAUCUGUAUUGUGUGGCGUGUAAUAAGGCGUUUAAUAAUAUUUCUUCUUUUGAAAACCAUGAGCUAUCGAAAAAGCAUCGCGAAAACACCGAAAGGCUAAAAAAGCAUAUGCAACAGGAAGACGAGGCAUAUAACAACGAAAGUCAAGGUGUAGAAGAUAACAAAUCAGAAUUGGCAUCAGAUGAUGAAAAAAAUGUUGGCAUCGAACCGUCAGUCGAAGAAGAAUUUGGAUCGAAGAAAAAGUCCAAUAAAAAGGCAAAAAAAUCAAAUAAACUGAAAGCAGAGUAUAAAAGUGAUAACGAAAACGAAUUAGAAGACCUUGAUAAAUCAUUGGGAUUUAUCAAUAUUGGAAACGUUUCGGAUGAUAAAGAGGACUGGAAUUGUGAUGGUGGAAAAAAGAAAAAGAAACAAAAAAAUAAGAAAUCCGCUAAGAAACCCAUCCAAAACGAGCCAGAAUCAACUUCAAUUGAGAAUAAAACGCCAAUCGAUGCAAAAAAAGGUUUGAAUAAAAAGACCAAGAAGUCAGUUGAACAGAAAAGUACUGAUAUGACCGAUGUAGAUCACAUAUGCGUCACCUGCAGUUCCAAAUUUGAUUCGAAAAACAAGCUCUUCGCACAUUUAAAGAAGACAAACCAUGGCGUUUAUAUACCCAAAACAGAGGAUAAAGUCAACAGAAAAAAAUAAGUUUAAUUUUUAUAUUUAUGUCUGCUUAAUGAGAACUAAUUGCAUAAUUGAAUAAAAACAAAUAACUAUAUACUGUAAAAAUCUA